UGCCCAUGCCUGGCAUGUCUAUAAAUUCUGAGAGCUACGACAGCCCCUUCACCAUUCAGCAACAAAGCACCAUAGCACUUCGAGCUUUUCCAAAUCCAAUUUGUCAUCAAGAUGAAAAGUUUCUUUGCUCUCCUAGCCUUCUCUUCACUUCUUCUGUUGUCAAGCAUUGUCAUAGCAAGGAAAGAGCCUGUUGAAUAUGUGAAGACUGUAGUGGAGCAAGUAGCCAAAGAUCUUUCUAUUGAUCCAUCGUCCCGAUGGCCCAUAUACCAUGGUAACCAAAAUGGACAAUCUGUCGAUCCAUUGUCCCGGUGGCCCAUAUACCAUGGUAACCAAGAUCAACAAUCUGUCGAUCCUUUGUCUCGGUGGCCCAUAUACAAUGGUAACCAAAAUGGACAAUCUGUCGAUCCUUCGUCCCGAUGGCCCAUAUAUCAUGGACAAUCUGUCGAUCCUUCGUCUCGGUGGCCCAUAUACCAUGGUAACCAAAAUGGACAAUCUGUCGAUCCAUCGUCCCGGUGGCCCAUAUACCAUGGUAACCAAAAUGGACAAUCUGUCGAUCCAUCGUCCCGGUGGCCCAUAUACCAUGGUAACCAAAAUGGACAAUCUGUCGAUCCAUCGUCCUGGUGGCCCAUAUACCAAAAUGGACAAUUUGUCGAUCCAUCAUCCAAGUGGCCCAUAUAUCAUGGUAACCAAAAUAGACAAUCUGUCGAUCCAUCGUCCAGGUGGCCCAUAUAUCAUGGUAACCAAAAUAGACAAUCUGUCGAUCCAUCGUCUUGGUGGCCCAUAUACCAAAAUGGACAAUCUGUCGAUCCAUCGUCCAGGUGGCCUAUAUAUCAUGGUAACCAAAAUGGACAAUCUGUCGAUCCAUCGUCCAAGUGGCCCAUAUACCAUGGUAACCAAAAUGGUGACCAAAACUCUAAGGCCAAUGAAGAAGGUGCUGCCAAAAGUGCUUCUACUGACCAAUAAAUUGUAGAAGCAGGUGAUAAGAAAAAUCAAACUUCAAAGGAAAAUCCUAUAAAGAGAUAUAAUAAAAAAUAACGGAUUGUAGUUUGAAGUUUGUGAAUGCCUUUAUAUGGCAAAUUGUAGAGGCUAUGACCUUGAAUGAUGUAUCUUCUAUGUUUGUACUGUUAUUCUUCUCGUUGUCUAUGUAUGCUAUUUCGUAGUUAAAUAAAUUUUUAUGGCUUGUUUCA